CUUGUAUCUUCUACUAAUUCGGAGUUUACAUGAAGAAAUAAAGACAUGAAGUCUUCUUCUUCGUCUUCUUCUUCUUCUUCAUCAUCUUAUUAUUAUAUUUUGCGAGAGAGAUGUUUGAACAGAGGGAGUUCUCCAUUUUUCAUGUCUUUCCUUCUUGUAACCGUCAUAUUCGUACCCUUCAUCUUUUAUUCUAUUAACCCUUUAAAUCCCAUCUCCAAACCUCCUCCUAAUAUUAGCUUCUCAGGUUAUACUGAUGGGAUUUUGAAGAACUGUGAUUUGUUCAAGGGCCAUUGGGUGCCGGACCUCCAUGGUUCCCGAUAUACAAACUCGAGUUGCACCACAAUUCCCGAUUCGAAGAACUGCUUCCGCCAUGGAAGGAGUGACACAGGUUUCCUGAAUUGGAGAUGGAAACCUGAAAAAUGUGUUCUUCCAAGGUUUGAUCCCAACAAAUUCCUGGAAUUUGUUAAAGGCAAGAAACUUGGAUUCAUUGGCGACUCUGUUGCUAGGAACCACAUGGAAUCUCUUCUUUGCCUCCUCUCAAAGGUUGAAACUCCGAAAGAUGAGUACAAAGAUUCAGAAGACAGGAAACGGAUUUGGUAUUUUCCUAAUCAUGAUUUCACUCUCAUCAUCCUUUGGACCAAGUUCCUUGUUCAUGGUGAAGAAAGAAUGAUCAAUGGUUCAUCAUCUGGCAUUUUUGAUUUAUUCCUCGACAAAAUUGAUGAAGCAUGGAGCAAAGAUCUUCCUGUUCUCGACUAUGUCAUAAUCUCUGAUGCACAUUGGUUCUUUCGACCAAUUUAUCUACAUGAUAGUACCGGUGUCGUCGGAUGUGUAUACUGCAAUACCCCGAACGUGACGGAUUAUGGUGUUGGAUUCGCCCUGAAGUUGGCACUUCGAUCUGCAUUGAAUCAUGUCAACAAUUGCAAGAUGUGCAAAACGAGGGUCACCUUAGUCCGGACAUUUUCGCCGGCACAUUUUGAGGAUGGGGCAUGGAACACAGGGGGAAGAUGUAACAGGACAGUCCCUUUGAGUGAAUCGGAGAUAAACUCAAGCGGCCUUGAAUGGGAACUGAGGAGCCUGCAAAUGGGAGAGAUUGAAAAGGCGAGGACGGAAGGCGGUAAGCUCGGAAAAAGGUUUGGGGUACUGGAUGUGACGAAGGCGAUGAUGAUGAGAGCGGAUGGUCACCCUGGUGAGUUCUGGGGAAAUAAAUGGAUGAAGGGUUAUAAUGACUGUGUUCAUUGGUGCAUGCCAGGUCCCAUUGAUGUGUGGAAUGAUUUUUUCAUGGCAAUACUGAUAAGAGAAGCUUCAUUUGUUUCUUAGUGAAAGGGCUUUUAGAUACUUAGGGAUCAUCUACAUGAUAUAUUUUACAUCUUAAUAAUUUGAUCUCCAAUUUUUUAUUCUUGUCGAUACAAUAAAUUAUUAUAUAGUUUUCAUUGUAAU